AUGGCGUACGUCGCCGUGAGCGCCGCCCCCACCGUCAGCCCGAGCGCGAUCGCGUCGUCGCUCAACUCUAUGAACGGUUUCCGCGGCGGCGGCGGCGCGAGCGCCGCCUCUCUCGCGCGACGCUCCUCCUCCGCCUUGGCCUUCGCGGCCUCGAUCCUCUGCCUCCGCGUUUUAAGGUGCGCGUGUUCCUCGUCGCGGAAGAACUGCGACUCGGAUUGCCGCGCGACGACGCGCGGCUCCGCGAGCGUCUUCCGCGAGAGGUCGUCCCCGCCGAUCGCGCGCGUCCAACGCGCGCACGACGCGGGGGGGGAGGAGGAGGAGAAGGUCGACGACGACGACGACGCGAGUCGCGAGGACGCGCGGCGAAGCAUCGCGCGAGAAGUUCUGUCGAGCGCGCGGCGGUCAUCGGGUCGAACCUGUAGCGAUUUCAUCGCGUCGCUGAAAGGAUUGAAAGGUCCUCGGUACGAACCCGGGUUGAAUAGUCCUUUUCAUCGCGUAUCGAGGUAUAUUGCGAAAGGUCCUCGGUACGAACCCGGGUUGAAUAGUCCUUUUCAUCGCGUCGCUGCGCUUUUGGUACUGUAUAUUGCGAAAGGUCCUCGGUACGAAUACAGUAGUCCUUUCCAUCGCGUCGCUGCGCUGUCGCUCAACACGCGAAAGGUCCUCGGUACGAACCCGGGUUGA